GACGGUGCCCCGGCUGGUGUCGCUGAAGUUGGGGCGGCUGUACCGCUACGUGAAGCUGGCGGUGCUGGGUAUCCUGGCGGCGGCGCUGGCCCUCAACUCGCCUUCGCUGCUGGCCUCUCUGCAACGCAACGAGCUGGCCGAGCGGCGCUUCUUGCAGCUGAACAAGUGCCCGGCCUGCUGGGGCACCAGCUGGUGCCGCAAGUUCCUGAACGGACAGCUGCGCCUGGAGAGCUGGGGUCGCCUGCGCCUCUUCGACUUCCUCAACGUCAAGAACGUGUACUUCGCGCGCUAUGGGGAGCCCCGCGAAGGCAGCCGCCGGGUCGUGCUCAAGCGCUUGGGCUCCGCACGGGAGCUCGCCGACAUCGACGCCAAGAUCUGCCGGCGCGCUACCGGCAGGGGACGCUGCGACUUGCUCCAGGCCCUGCACGCUACCGAGUUCGCCAGCAUCAACGGCGACGUCCGGCUGCUAACCCCCGACGUCGUGGAAGGCUGGUCGGACCUGGUGCAAUGCCCCUCGCACCGUCUCCUCGACCGCCCCUUCCGCCGCUACGCCGAGCCCAAGGACUCGGGCAGCUUCUUGCUCCGCAACCUCAAGGAGUCGGAGCGCAUGCAGCUGCUCAUUACGCUCGCCUUCAACCCGGAGCCUCUCGUGCUUCAGAGUUUUCCCUCUGAUGAAGGAUGGCCAUUUGCAAAAUACCUGGGAGCAUGUGGAAGAAUGGUGGCUGUAAACUAUGUGGGAGAAGAACUAUGGAGUUACUACAGUGCCCCUUGGGAAAAACGAGUGGACCUGGCAUGGCAGUUAAUGGAAAUAGCAGAACAGCUGACAAACAAUGGCUUUGAAUUUGCACUCUACCUCCUUGAUGUCAGCUUUGACAACUUUGCAGUAGGUCCUAAAGAUGGAAAAGUCAUAAUUGUGGAUGCUGAAAAUGUUUUGGUGGCAGAUAAAAAGUUGAUCAAACAAAAUAAACCUGAAAACUGGGAUGUAUGGUAUGAAAGCAAAUUUGAUGACUGUGAUAAGGAAGCUUGUCUUUCUUUCUCAAAGGAGAUUUUGUGCACUCGGGUCACUGUGGAUCAUAAUUACUAUGCUAUUUGUCAGAACCUUUUAUCAAGACAUGCCACCUGGCAUGGCACUUCUGGAGGACUUCUUCAUGAUCCUCCAGCUGAUAUUGCCAAAGAUGGUCGACUUGAGGCCUUGCUGGAUGAGUGUGCCAAUCCAAAGAAGCGAUAUGGUAGAUUCCAGGCUGCAAAAGAAUUACGUGAAUAUCUUGGACGAUUAAGUAAUAAUGUGAGGUAGUUCAUAGUGGGUGGACAAGUCAGAAAAUGUAUCGUGCUGGGGCAAGGACACAUGGACAAAUGAGUUCUGAACAUGAAACGAGAGCAACCAGAAUGAGAGAAUAAAUUGCAUAACUCUAUUGCUACAUGAAGGUUGACAAAAAUCACAUAUCCUACUACAACUUGAGCUACUUUUGACUCAAAUAGGAAGACUGACAAUUUAACUGAAUUGGUUUUCUCAAUAAGAUUUCACUGUUUUGUGAGACUGUUACCCUUACUUGGAAAAUCAAGUUAUAUGGGCCUGUUUUAAAGGCUUUCAUUUCUGAUGUCAUUAUCCUGCUCUUAUACAACUUACAAAAGAGGCAUUUGCGUACAUGCUGAUAACCCAAGGUGUCCUUGAUUGUUUUUGAAACUACUCGAUUUUCAUUCAAUGCUGUGUGCUUUUUGAGUACAGGAUUCCUCUUCUUAUUCUGAUGUUGAAUUCUUUUUGUUUCACAUGUUUGUAUGCCUUAUUAAAGAUAUGCUUGUAAAAGCUGUCUUAAAUGUUGUGUGAACCUAACCUAGUUACUUUGGAAUUGUUUAUAUUUCUACUGCAGGUAAUACUUCACAUCCUGGAUAAAUAGAAAACUUCAUCUUUUUAGUGUGUAAAAGUAUAUGUUCAUCAGGGAAUUAAGUAUACAAAACUAUUUCAAUGAAGACAAACAGUUGGAACCAGUCAUGUUUACGUUGAUCCAGCAGAAACAGUCAUGUCUACAGAAAGACUCAUUGAUUUGGAUCAACUUUAAACAUGACUAAGACUAAAACCAACUCUUUGGUUGGAGACAAGCAGUACUAGAUUAAUGAAAACAAAAACAUUUUGCUACUAUAGUAAUCAUAAGCCAAAGAAAAUGGUUAUGUGUAAGUCUCUAAUUGCUUAAAAUAAUGUACUGUAGUGGCACUAGCCUACUGACCAACUUUUUAGUCAGCUAUUAUCAUUCUACUACUAGUUAAAAACUUGGGAACAACAUAGAAAUGAGAAAAUGCCUAGCAGGCUAGCAUUUGUUCUAUAUUAUUCACAAUCCUGCUGAUUAUGGGAACUAAUGUUUACAGGACUUUCAAUUUUGAGGCUUGUUAUUUAAUAGCACCCUUCAUGUAUAUGGUAGAGGGCUUCAUUUAUUAUUUUUUUCUCUGAUGGUUACUAUAUACCUGAAAUUGUUCCCACAAAUCAGGAGUUGAAGUAGAAAUUGGAUCAUUGCUAAAAUUAAUUUUUAAAAGGUGUGAUUUUCUUUCUUUAUUCACAGUAACAUUACAGAGGUUCUCUUCACUGGAGUGAUGAAGUUCUGUUCCUGACAAAGACUCAUAAUUACAGCAACAAUUAAUUGACUACAAUUAUUUUAAGGUGGAGUAAGGAUGAAUUGUAUACUAAGGAUGAUGAGUAUGUUACUGAAAAAUGUAUCUGGACAAGUGGAACAUAGCAGCAGGAAAGAAAUGAAAGCUCCCCAAUAUAUUUCCAAACUGUGAAAAAAUGCAGAAUAUGUCAAAGAUAUAUAAAAUAAAUGGCAAGGUCCAUUGUUCUUCUCUUUGGCUUGCUUAGUCAUAUACUGUUGCUUCUUUGCAAAUUGUGUCUCUACAGUGUUACUUCCAUUUAGUUAUUGAGCUGUCUCCUGGAAAAAUUUCUUGCUGUGGCAAUUUCUUUUAUCUCUAACAUGGCUGAAUCAGAGCACAUUAGGCAUGUUCACAUCCUACUGUCAUAAUCUAUAGAGUUUAGUGGGUAAUAUCCUUGUUAUUUUAAAAACUGUAGUCUUGCCUAAUUUUCUCUGGUUUCUGUUACAAUAUAUUCUCAUAGUAUUUAUGUUAUGACUUUGCUAUAGUUCAGACUUGAGCAAAACUGAAGUGUGAGAUUAAACACUAGCCUGCCAUGAAAGGCCUUGUUUUACCACAAUAUUAAUUUAAUACCCACACUUUCUAAUGAAUGAGAUGUAUGAUUGCUGUAGGCUUUAAACAACAAUACUGCCAGUUACUGAGGCAGUUCAAUGUUCCCUGGGUGAUUAGGGUUGGAAUUCAUGGUUCAUCCUUGAAAUACUGUGCUGUUAAGCGGGAUUCUGAUGAUAAAAGGAGUCCAUAAUUUUCAGUCUACAGGGAAAACACCUAUGUGGAAAGCAAUAAGUUUUCUUCAAUUUGCACCUAUCAAGUAUUUAUUGUACAGGAACAAUUUAUAUUUUUAAUCAUUGCCCAUGAAUAAUGGUGAAAUAUUUUUGAAUGAGAUGUUUGGGGUUUGUAUGUGCAUAAAAAUUUGUCUUUUGUACUGUAACUGUUUAAUUUGGUUAUCAAAACUGUUUCCUGUGCCUUUAUAUUAAGGUUGUUUCUACAACUUCUCUUGAUUAAUAAAAAAGUACUUAAUUUUUUUUCUUGGCCUUGCUUAAAUGUAAUGCACUGGCAGUCCAUUUUAUUUUAAUACUGAAGAGGGUUUUUUACUCCACCAUGAAUGGCAACAAAUAUAAGUGCUUUUGAAAGGGGCAGAAGUUAUUUGUAGAGACUAGUGUCAGUACUAAAAUCCCCAUACCUGGGCACAAUAUUUCUUGAAAAAGUAGUUACUGGAGCAAAGUACUAAAGCAUUUUACGUGCUUUGUGGGUGUCUUGGAAGUGCUGAUGAGAAAUAGACUUUUACCCUGAUAGUGCCAGGCAACUUUCAGGAUAUGGAUUGAAUUUGGGCCUUAUAACAUUCAUAAAGAAGUUGGGGUUAGAAUUGGGUUUUUUCCCCCUUACAGCGGUUGCUUUUAUAUUAUACUAUGAAUGAGUCAGUAAGGCAUAGAGUGCAUAUACUGCUAUCUUCUUUUUUUCAGUAACUAGAGGAAGGUAUACUUUCAUAGAGUUGGGAAGUUCUUGGAUAUGAGUGGAAAACAAACUGGCUCAAGAAGCCAGCUAUACAGUCCAUGGUUUUAAGGCCAGUUUGCAUGUUAAACUAUCAGUUCCUGGUUGACUUU